UAUUCGUAGUUUUUGGUUUUUUGUUUUUCUAAUCUUAAUUUUUGAAAGGAUAUCGAGUCUCUUCCUAGGGAAGCCAAGGAAAGAUGGACUUGAAGGAGUCUCUGUGGGUUUUAGAGUUAGAUAAUUUGUUUUCUGAUGGUACUGACUGUAACUGACAAGGGUUCAUCUUAAAUGGCAAUGGAGUUUGAGGACUUCGAACCCAUAUUUUGCGAACCCCAAGUGGAGUUCUCAGCUCAAAGUUCCUUUCCUCUGCCUCAGUUUUUGCUCCACGCAUACGCACCUGUUUCUUCUCACCUAGUAAUUCAUGUCACUGAUUUCCAUUCCGAUACUUGGGAAGCGCCUCUUUCUGUUUCUCGACUUGAGGACAUCAGGGACAUCACUGGAAUAGGGGGCUCUUGGUCAGAGUUUCUUGACUAUUUCAUAACUUCCAUUAAAUCAGCAGAUUUGAAAUUAGUUCUAGAGCGGAGUUCAGAUUUUGACGGUGUUUCUCAUGGAAAAGCGAAAUUAGUUGCUCAGAAAUCAAAAGGAAUGCCUGUGAUUAGCAUUGCUCUUAAUAAACUGGCAGACUCGGCUGCUAAAGAAGCUAUGUCAAAUUUAUCCUUGAGGCUCUUUAAGGCAUUCAAAAGCAUCAACAACUCUCUCAAAGAAGAGAAAGAGCGCAAUGCGCAGUUGACGAAGGCAAUAGCAGCUGAAAAGGAAAGAAAUGAAAGCAUACAACAACUGGAACAGAGACAGAAGUUUCAGAAGAUUAGUGUCUCAGAGAAAGCAGAUGUCUCUACUAAUGGGUUGCAAAACUCUCCAGAAAAGCAAGCGACUCAAGAUACAGUUUCUACAAAAGUUAAGAAUCGGGUGGUGCCAGCUCAUCGCAGGACGAAAGUAAGGGGGGCCCAGUUGUGUGAUCAUGAUGACUCAUAACUCCGAACUCUUAUGUCUGACAAGUUGGUCAAUAUUCAAUAGGUGUUUGUUGCCUUGACUUUCAUCAACCUUGAAGAGCAACAUUAUAUUGCGAACGAGCUCAACAAAUUCAGUUUUUCAUGUAAUUGUUAAACCUAAAAUGAAAGUCGGUAAUUGUUUCAACAUGUUUAAUUUGUUUUCA